AUACGGCAAGAAAAAAAUGGAUGAAGAGCCUGAAAGAACUAAACGAUGGGAAGGAGGCUAUGAAAGAACAUGGGAGAUUCUUAAAGAAGAUGAAUCAGGAUCACUUAAAGCUACAAUAGAAGACAUUCUCUUCAAAGCAAAGAGAAAAAGGGUAUUUGAGCACCAUGGACAAGUUCAACUUGGAAUGAUGCGUCAUCUUUAUGUGGUAGUAGAUGGAUCAAGAACAAUGGAAGACCAGGAUUUAAAGCCAAAUAGACUGACAUGUACUUUAAAGUUGUUGGAAUACUUCGUAGAGGAAUAUUUUGAUCAAAAUCCUAUUAGUCAGAUUGGAAUAAUUGUAACAAAGAGUAAAAGAGCUGAAAAACUGACUGAACUCUCAGGAAACCCAAGGAAACACAUAAUAUCUUUGAAGAAAGCUGUAGAUAUGACUUGCCAUGGAGAGCCAUCUCUUUAUAACUCCUUAAGCAUGGCUAUGCAGACUCUAAAACACAUGCCCGGACAUACAAGUAGAGAAGUCCUAAUCAUCUUUAGCAGUCUCACAACCUGUGAUCCAUCUAAUAUCUAUGAUCUAAUCAAGACCCUAAAGGCAGCUAAAAUUAGAGUGUCUGUUAUUGGAUUGUCUGCAGAGGUUCGGGUUUGCACUGUGCUUGCUCGUGAAACUGGUGGCACAUACCAUGUUAUUUUAGAUGAAAGCCAUUACAAAGAAUUGCUGACACAUCAUGUUAGUCCUCCUCCUGCUAGCUCAAGCUCUGAAUGCUCACUUAUUCGUAUGGGAUUUCCUCAGCAUACCAUUGCUUCUCUGUCUGAUCAAGAUGCAAAGCCCUCUUUCAGUAUGGCGCAUCUGGAUAGCAACACUGAGCCAGGACUUACAUUAGGAGGCUAUUUCUGCCCACAGUGUCGGGCAAAGUACUGUGAGCUUCCUGUUGAAUGUAAAAUCUGUGGUCUAACUUUGGUGUCUGCUCCCCACUUGGCACGGUCUUACCAUCACUUAUUUCCUUUGGAUGCUUUUCAAGAUAUUCCCCUGGAAGAACAUAAUGGAGAAAGGUCUAUGUUUGCACUGUGUGCCAAAAUGUUUUUUGUGUGGACUGUGAUAUUUUUGUUCAUGACUCUCUCCAUUGUUGUCCUGGCUGUAUUCAUAAGAUUCCAGCUCCUUCAGCUAUUUGAUUCCAGCAUAUAAUACACAUUGAAUGUGUUAAAAAGACAUUUGCGACUGUAAAUAAAAUGAUUCUUUAGAAGAAACUCCAGUGAAGAACAGUUGGAAAGGAAAGUCUGAUCUAAGAAACCUAUUACUUUAAAGCUUCCUCUGUAAUGAUUGGUAAAGUAUUUACUUAAUGGUGUAUAUCUAAUACCACCAUUUUGGUGGUUUGUUAUCUGAGACUGGCUUACCUUUUAUAGUUCAGGUUAAUGAACUAUCCUUGUUAGCCUCACUCAGGUUCAUACCCAGGGACUGUUUAACUUAAUCCCCCUCAACUUUCCUACCCUGGGUCAUCAGAAAAAUGUAGGUGAGAAUGUAUGAUGAGGUCCAUGUUUCAGGUUCACUGAAGAUAUACUGUUAUAGGCAGGACUCUUUUUAGGGUAUAUUCUUCUGAGAGUGAAUCAGGUUUUCAUAGCAAAGGUAUGUUUAUUUUAAAUUUGUGAACUUUAGUCACUCUAGAUUGAGUUUAACUAUGAUAUUCAUGAUUUUAUAAAUAACAAUUCUUAGUGAAGAAUGUUAUCAGUAAAGACAAUGUAAUCCCACCCUGGAGAGUCUAUUCAAUAAAUCUUGGAGGAAGCCCAGGAAUAUGCAUUAUUUUCAGUUUUUUAUAUAUAUAUAUAUAUAUAUAUAUAUAUAUAUAUAUACACACACACAUACACAUAUUCUUUUUCAGAUUCUUUUCCCUUAUAGGUUAUUAGAAAGAAUAUGUAUUUUUAGCAGCACAUGUGUGCAUACACACACUAAGACAUAAUUUGACCAAAGUACAGAUCUUUCUCCCAAGAGUCAUACUCUCUGCGCCUAGACCCAAAUGGUUCUUUACAAGUAAACAGACUUCGGCUCUAGGUAACCAAAUUAACUGCUGUCUUCCUUCCUUUUGCUCUGUCCACAAGAGGUAUCAGUGGCUUGAAGGAGAUUCCUUUAACAUAAUCAGAAUAUUUUAUCUCUCCCUACUUGAAUUAAAAGAAAGGCCAUGAGUAGGCACCUCUUGAAAAGUUACUUAGAAAUAUAUUAGACACACACUCACAGUACUGUAUAUAAAAGGGACAUUGAGUGCCUUUUGGGGGGCUGCUUUAUCUCUUUCUACAAUUUUGGGUUUUAUUUGUAUACUUGAUAAGGUUAAGGUGAAUAUUUUAGUUAGAUGUAAGGAGGAAUUUCCAGUCUCAAAAUUAUAGAGAGGGCUUCCCUGGUGGUACAGUAGUUAAGAAUCUGCCUGCCAGUGCAGGGGACACAUGUUUGAGCCCUGGUCUGGGAAGAUCCCACAUGCCGCGGAGCAACUAAGCCCAUGAGCCACAGCUACUGAGCCUGUGCUCUAGAACCCACGAGCCACAACUGCUGAGUCCGUGUGCUGCAACUACUGAAGCCCACACACCUAGGGCCUGUGCUCCGCAACAAGAGAAGCCACCACAAUGAGAAGCCCGCACACUGCAACAAAGAGUAGCCCCCACUCGCCUCAACUAGAGAAAGCCCGCGCACAGCAAUGAAGACCCAAUGA